CUGACAGCCCCGCCGGCCGGCUCCCUCGCUGAGCGCCGACUGUCAAUGGAGCUGGAAAACAUCGUGGCCAACACGGUCUUGUUGAAAGCCAGGGAAGGGGGCGGAGGAAAGCGCAAAGGGAAAAGCAAGAAGUGGAAGGAAAUCCUGAAGUUCCCUCACAUUAGCCAGUGUGAAGACCUCCGGAGGACCAUAGACAGAGAUUACUGCAGUUUGUGUGACAAGCAGCCAAUCGGGAGGCUGCUGUUCCGGCAGUUCUGUGAAACAAGACCUGGGCUGGAGUGUUACAUUCAGUUUCUGGACUCAGUGGCAGAAUAUGAAGUUACUCCAGAUGAAAAACUGGGAGAAAAAGGGAAGGAAAUUAUGACCAAGUACCUCACCCCAAAGUCCCCAGUUUUCAUUGCCCAAGUUGGCCGGGACCUGGUCUCCCAGACGGAGGAGAAGCUCCAUCAGAGGCCCUGCAAAGAGCUCUUUUCCGCCUGCACACAGUCUGUCCACGACUACCUGAGUGGAGGCCCCUUCCAUGAGUACCUGGACAGCAUGUAUUUUGACCGCUUUCUCCAGUGGAAGUGGUUAGAAAGGCAACCGGUAACCAAAAACACUUUCAGGCAGUACCGAGUGCUGGGAAAAGGGGGCUUUGGGGAGGUCUGUGCCUGCCAGGUCCGGGCCACGGGGAAGAUGUAUGCCUGCAAGCGCUUGGAGAAGAAGAGAAUUAAGAAGAGGAAAGGGGAGUCCAUGGCCCUCAACGAGAAGCAGAUCCUGGAGAAGGUCAACAGUCGGUUUGUGGUCAACCUGGCCUACGCCUAUGAGACCAAGGACGCACUGUGCUUGGUUCUGACCAUCAUGAAUGGGGGCGACCUAAAGUUCCACAUCUACAACAUGGGGAACCCCGGCUUCGAGGAGGAGCGGGCCUUGUUCUACGCGGCAGAGAUCCUAUGCGGCCUGGAAGACCUGCACCUGGAGCACACCGUCUACAGAGAUUUGAAACCUGAAAAUAUCCUGUUAGAUGAUUAUGGCCACAUUAGGAUCUCUGACCUGGGCCUGGCUGUGAAGAUCCCUGAGGGAGACCUGAUCCGAGGCCGGGUGGGCACCGUUGGCUACAUGGCUCCAGAGGUUCUAAACAACCAGAGGUACGGCCUGAGCCCUGACUACUGGGGCCUGGGAUGCCUCAUCUAUGAGAUGAUCGAGGGCCAGUCACCGUUUCGAGGUCGCAAGGAGAAGGUGAAGCGGGAGGAGGUGGACCGCCGGGUCCUGGAGACCGAGGAGGUGUACUCCCACAAGUUCUCCGAGGAGGCCAAGUCCAUCUGCAAAAUGCUACUCACCAAAGACGCAAAGCAGAGGCUGGGCUGCCAAGAGGAGGGGGCCGCGGAGGUCAAGAGACACCCCUUCUUCCGGAACAUGAAUUUCAAGCGCUUAGAAGCUGGGAUGCUGGACCCACCCUUCAUUCCAGAUCCCCGGGCCGUGUACUGUAAGGACGUGCUGGACAUCGAGCAGUUCUCCACCGUGAAGGGCGUCAACCUGGACCACACAGACGACGACUUCUACUCCAAGUUCUCCACCGGCUCCGUGCCCAUCCCGUGGCAGAACGAGAUGAUAGAAACAGAAUGCUUCAAGGAGCUGAACGUGUUCGGACCUAACGGUACCCUCUCGCCAGACCUGGACAGAAGUCACCCCCCAGAACCACCAAAGAAAGGGCUGCUCCAGAGAAUCUUCAAGCGUCAGCAUCAGAACAACUCCAAGAGUUCGCCCAAUUCCAAGACCAGUUUUAACCACCACAUAAAUUCAAACCAUGUCAGCUCAAACUCCACCGGAAGCAGCUAGUGGCAGCUCAGCCUUGGAGUCCACGGUGGGACCAGCCUAGACCCUUGUCCUUAGAGGCAGAACCUGUGACCCGUGGAGCUUCCUCUCUGGCUGGGCAGGCAAGGCAGCCCUCCCGGAGCCAGAGCCGGGAAGGAAGGAGGCGUCACCCCCUCCGGGAGCCUCCAGAUUUCUCAGAGAGAUUUCCACUCAGGUCUGUCUGCGGAAGCGCCCUCCAGCGGUGGACUGGAUUUGUUUGUCAAAUAUCGCAAUAGAAAUCCGAUCAGACACAACUUGCACGUAUUUUAAUAGUGUCCUAACUAGAACUGAAUUUUGUCUUUAUUAUUUUUAAAGAAAAGUUUUGUAAAUUUCUCUAUCGUCUCAGUUUACAUUUUGUAUAUUUGUAUUUAAAUGAAAGUUGGACUCUGAGGGUGUAUAUUUUCUGUGCAGCCACUGCUAAGCCAUCUGCGUUUUCAGACAUUUUAGAGGGGGCGGGGGAUUUACAAAAAACAAAAAAAUGUGACUCGACUUCCACAGCCUCAAAUGAGAAAACGUUUUUAUUAAAUGUAGAAAAUGAUUCACGUUUCACCUCUAAA